AAAAUAAGCUACCCCUGCUCUGGAAUUUGGGUGUCAGUUCCUGAGAGUGGCCCCAAAAGGGGGGCAGGAUGGUGGGAAUAUGUCCCAACUAACUGGAGCAAAGAAAAUCCUCACAAUGGCUGAAUAGGACUUGUGCCUUGCAGUGGCAGAAAAACCCACUGCAGAGUGGGAUACAACUUGGGAGCCUGAUUUGUCCUUCAAGAACCUGAGGUAAAGUUAAACAUCGUAUUUGUUUAGAUAAGCACACAAAAUUAAAAUUAAUCACAUUUUGUGCAUCUUUUCCACCAAAUAAAGGAGUCACAACGAAAGUAACAAAAACAUUCCUAUGCUGUGAGUAGUAGUGUUUGUAGUUUAUUUUGAAGAACUGUGAUUGUUGAGCUUUGAGUUGUGAUAAACUUUAAUAUUUAAUUAAAUGUUGUGGUGCUGCAAUGUUUGAAUCGAUGCUGGAAAAGUGAAUUGCAGAGGUGACCUUUGCUGUCUGUGGAGUGUUUUUUUCUUUCUUUCUGGGUUUUAGAAAGUACAUUUAAUAUUAAUAUCUGUCAACACUGACUUUCUCUUUUAAUCCUUUUCCUGUUUAAACUAGUUGGCAUUUGAAUUAUUAAAAGUCACUCCCAAGUUGUAGUCAUCUUGCAAAUGACUAGCAGCAAUUGCCUUAGGGGGUGGAAUGUUGGAGGAAGAACCACAGUAACUGAUGUAGAUCACAGUCACAAUGACUAGUUGCAACAGAUAAAAACGAUUGAUUUACUCAAGCUGGUUGGAACAAGAGGCGUCAGCUGGCACUCUUUUACUCAAACUGAAAGUUCUUCAUGUUAUCAGGAUUUCAUGAUGAGGAUACUGAGGAGAGCUUCUGCACUCAUCCUGAGAAGAGGAUAUGCAUCUUAUCAGGGCACAUUGUCCACAAAGGAUGGUCUCUUCAGAGUUCAUCCAUCUGUGUCGCAGGCGUUGGCAGAAAACAAACCAGUGGUUGCACUCGAGAGCACUAUUAUCACACAUGGCAUGCCCUAUCCACACAACCUGAGCACAGCAAAGGAGGUAGAAGCUAUUGUACGAGCUGAAGGAGCCACUCCAGCCACAGUCGGUGUGUUGGAGGGUGAAGUCCGUGUUGGACUGUCGUCAGAGGAGCUUGACUACCUCGCUCAGUGCAAAAGCUCCCUGAAGGUGUCACGACGGGACUUGCCAUAUGUCAUUAGCAAAGGUUUUUCUGGAGGAACAACAGUGUCAGCCACUAUGAUAGCAGCACACAGAGCUGGGAUCCCUGUGUUUGUCACUGGAGGCAUUGGAGGAGUUCACAGAGACGGCGAGAACAGUCUGGACAUCAGUGCUGAUCUGACAGAGCUCGGCAGGACUCCCAUCGCUGUGGUCUCUGCUGGGGUCAAGUCUAUUCUGGACAUCGGUCGCACCCUGGAGUUCCUUGAGACACAGGGCGUCUGUGUGGCCACUUACGGAGCAUCGAAGAAUUUUCCAGCCUUCUUCUCUCCACAAAGUGGAUUCACUUCUGCUUACCACGUCUGCAACCCAGAGGAGGCUGCAAAACUCAUUGCAAGCACCUUGUCUCUGGGUCUCCAAAGCGGUGUCCUGUUAGCAGUGCCCAUCCCAGCAGAGUCUGCAGCAGCAGGUCAGCAGAUAGAAGAAGCCAUACAGGCUGCAGUGACAGAGGCCAGUGCUAAAGGUAUCUCGGGUAGAGAUGUGACACCAUUCAUUCUUCAAAAGGUCAAUGAGCUGACUGACGGAAAGUCCCUUCAGGCCAAUAUUGCUCUCAUUCAUAACAAUGCAAAAGUUGGCAGUCAGAUAGCCUGUGCACUGUCAAAACAGAUGAAUGAGAGAACACUGAAAGGCAAAACUCAUCUUUCUAGAAAACUGUCGUCGAACACAAAAUCAGAUGUUGUUGUCAUAGGAGGAAUAAAUGUUGAUUUUAUUGCCAAGGGAAAAACCGAAACACUUCUUGUAAGUUUAAUUUACAGCAUAUGUUUAUCCAAAAUUCUGCAGAAUAGACUACCCAGACUGAGUUCUGAGAAAUCUUGCUAUCUGUUUCAGUUUGGACAAACCAACCCAGGAAGUGUCUGUCAGUCUUUUGGAGGUGUAGGAAGGAACAUCGCUGACUCUCUGAGUAGAUUAAGCCACAGGCCCCUGUUCAUCUCAGCUACUGGAGCUGAUUCAAACAGUGAUGCAGUGUUGAACUACUGUAAACAUAUGAACACAAGUGGUGUGGCCAGGUUAGAAGGGCAAAGCACAGCAACCUACUGUGCUGUUAUCACUGAGAGUGGAGAACUGAGUCUUGGACUGGGGGACAUGGACAUUCAUCAGCAAAUCACAGAGCAGUAUGUGUCACAGUUUGAGAAGCAGCUUUCAUCAGCCACUCUUGUGUGUCUUGAUGGAAACAUCCCUGUCUCCACCAUCGACUAUGUUUGUUCUGUUGCCAAAAAGCACAACAUUAAUGUUUGGUAUGAACCAACGGAUUCAGAAAAGGCUUGUAAGCCUUUCCUUUCAGAUUCCUGGAAGUCUCUGUCCUAUUCAUCCCCAAACCUGGCAGAAUUGUGUACCAUGAAUAAAACACUGGGUAUCGCAGCACCAGAAGUGCUACCAAAUGCUCUCGAUGAAAUGCUGGGUGUUGCUGUGACUCUCUCACGCCCCCUGCUGGACCAUCUUCACUGUCUGGUGGUCACGCUUGGUGCUCAUGGUGUGUUGCUGUGUGGAGAGCAUGAUGCAGGCACAGUCAACCUGCAGCCAAGAAAACAAAAAAGGAAGAGGCAGCUCUGUGCUCUACACUACCCAGCACUGACUGUGACCCCAGAGGAGACGAUGAAUGUGUCAGGAGCCGGAGAUAGUCUUGCAGGUGCCUUAAUAGCAGGGAUUCUCCAGGGAAAAGACACAGACAGCUGUGUUCGAAUGGGCCUUCUGGCUGCAAGGACGUCCCUGGUGUCACCGCACCCCAUCGCCCCAGUGCUCACCUUAGAUUCUGUGGAUCCCAACAGAGACCAGAUGCAACACUGGCCCAAACCAAAAUUUUUGUGGAUAGAUUAAAAUGAAAAGGUUUUGUUGUUAGAUUUCUCACAAUUCUAUCAUUGUCAGUCUCAAGAUUUGUGAUUGAAUUCAUGUGGAAGCAUUGUGAAAUUAUGACUAAAUAAAAGGAUGUCAGAAGAUGGUACAAAACUAAUACAUCCAAACUAGAUAUCUUGGCUGCCCUUGAUCAUUCUAUAAUAAUUGAUAUCUUUCCAUGACUCAUAAAGAAACUUUGUCCUAACCUUGACUUAACUUCAUGAUGACAAGUCUCUGUAAAUAAAAUAUGUCACAC